ACCAAACAUUAUCAACUAAGAAAUGUACUAAAUAAUAAAUAAUAAUUUGUAGUGUGAUAGGAUUUAAAUAUCAUUUUUACAUUAAUUUCGAUAACCUUCUCCCCCAUUAGAACGGUCAAAUAAAUCUUAAUCAUUUUAUAUAAAAGUAGUCUGAUUUAUUAGAUUCUUAAUAAUGGGAUCCGUUAGGACUUUGACCCUUAAGAAACAUUUAGGCAAGAAGAUGAAACAAAACAGACCGAUACCACAUUGGUUUAGGCUAAAGACAGGAAACAAAAUAAGGUAUAAUGCGAAAAGAAGGUACUGGCGUAGGACUAAACUGAAGGUCUAAUUUUAAUAAUCAUAUUAAAAUCAAUUCUUAUCAUAUUAAUUUUCUUGUUUACAA